AUGGAACUUCAGCCAAAAGAUCAAAGUGAAUGGAAGACCAUUUCAUACGUGCAGAUAGUUAUCUAUGUUUUGACUACAGCUCUGAUAAUAUUCCUACUUAUACAGAAGGGAACUGCAAGAGCUAGGGGAGUGUUAAUCAAGCAGUCAUUUAUCUUUAUAACUAUAUUCAAUGUGGUCAAGAUCGGUGGGGCAAUUUGCAUGAUUGUGUUUUUCCACCAAACAAAAGCCAGCGAAGGAUUAACAAUUGCUACAUAUAUCUUGAACAAUGCAAGUUUGGGUUUUUUGAUGAAGGCUGUAAUGCCAAUUGCAACUCGUGUAUGCUUUGACGAGAUCAACGGGAUUAGAGAAGCUGAGAUGAAGCUGAAGGAAGGAAAACCAAGGGAUACUCCUCAGCAAAAUAGAAUAGCCCUUUUCAUGGGUUUGUUAGUUACCGCUGGUGUUAUAACCACAGUUGCUGGAAGUAUUACCAUGACCGAUGAUAUCAAUACCGCAGAAGCUUUGUUUAAAGCUAGUGGCCUUAUAUUCUUAGCAGCCAUUGCAACGAUGACAGCUGUUGUCUUACUCAGUUUGCAAAAAAGAAACGAAUAUGGUCUGGUAAACAAAUUUUUGUUGGUUUGCUCAGCUUUUCUUUUGAUUCGGUGUAUUUACAGUGUUGUUUCCGCAUUUGCAGGAAUGGAUAUAUUCUCAAACCCAAGCAAGUAUGUUUUUCUUUUCGGGGACUACCAAUACUAUUGUUUCUUAGCAUUUAUUGAAGAAAUUUUAACAAACUUCACGAUACUUUUAACAACGUACUAUCUUGCCCACAAGAUUAUUGACGUAUGA